CCCUGGACCAGAGGUAGUUGGAAAACGUAGAAAAUUCACUCAAACUCUGUUUCAUUUUUCCAAUCAUGCUCACUCUAAAUGUAAGAUUAAUAAAGUUUGACAGCAAAUUAGAUAUUUUUGGUUGAUUAUUCUCACACAGAAAGUAGAGAAUUCAGUGCAUAUGAAUUUGCCGGUCAGGAACCUUGUGAAUUGGAGAACUUGUAUCCAGACACAUUAGUAGCGGUACUCAGCUAACGGAAAGUAAACAGAGCUGGCAACAUGGCUGAGACUCACAGCUUGCAGGAUAUGAGGCAGCAGGCGGCUAUUGCUGCCAAAGUGUUCAUCCAGAGAGACUACACCAGCGGCACUGUCUGCCAUUUCCAGACCAAGUUCCCUUCUGAACUGGAGAACAGGAUUGAUAAGCAGCAGUUUGAGGAGACUGUGAGGACGUUGAACAACCUGUAUGCUGAGGCAGAGAAGCUGGGAGGCUCGUCGUAUCUAGAGGGCUGUCUGGCCUGCCUCACAGCUUACACCAUCUUCCUCUGUAUGGAGACACACUAUGAGAAGGUUUUGAAGAAGAUUGCCAAGUUCAUCCAGGAGCAGAAUGAUAAGAUCUAUGCCCCACGAGGUCUUCUCCUCACCGACCCUAUUGAGAGAGGCCUCAGAGUUGUUGAAGUAACCAUCUUUGAAGACAGGAGCCUGGGCAGAUAAAAUCUACAGUACUAUGAUCCCAGGCUGUCUGGACUGGAGCUCUCAGGGGGCCGGGGCUGGUUUCAUCUGGUUCUGUCUCAGCAUCACCUGGUCCUGGGAGGGUGGGUCCACCUCCAGACUGAGGACCACUUCAACCUUCAGCCGGCUGAACAUCAUACCAGCCCUCCUGGCUGCCAUUCUGACUACUGCGUCUCUACAAUCUCCCCUGUACUCUUCUAUACACUCUUCUAUACUAACUCAGCUACAGUAAAUGAUGCUGGGGACAUAUUACAGAACAAAAUCUUAAAUGCCGUCCUAAAGUGAAAUAAGAUAAGAUGGAAUAUGACAGUUAGGAUGUUUUCUGUAAUACAUCCUCUGACUCUUAAUCCUCUAAAAGGUAUUUCCUCUCUCUAUUUAUAACUACUACUUAGUGUACCUUAAGUCUAUUUACUUUUGCCUGUACAGAGAUUUAUUUGCUUUACAAAACCAAAUGGCCCAAAUUAUGCAUGCAUUCUACUUGCAUGUUGCGUCAAUGCUUAGAUGGUUAUUUUGUCAAAUGUACCUGUGCCAUGCAUAGUGUUUGUUUUGUGACUGCUGUUCAUUUUGCCAUGCAUUGAUUGACAUGUGUGUAGGUAGGCUAUGUAAGCACAUUUGAUUGCCUUCAAGUGAAGCGUAAGGCUGAGAAGUGCUCUUGGUUGUCUCCAAUGCCUGCAGUUGUUGUGCAGAUUGCCUCAGUCAGCUCAGUGGGUUCCCGGCAGGUGUAUCUUAGCAUCGCUGAUGGCACCUUAAUUGGGGAGGAUGGGCUCAUAGUAAUGGCUAGAAUAGAAUGAAUGGAAUGGUAUCAAAUAUGGUU